ACGCCUUCCUCUACACACUGUUCGAGAAAAGCGUCGUAAAAUCCAGGCUCUUGCAACUUCUCGUGUCAACUGUUAUUAGUCAUUUUCCACAUUUCAAUUAAAAUUGGCUUGCCGCUUUUGCGAGUGUGUAAAAGAUUCCUCUAGUAUUCACACUGCUGGACUGCAGUUGUCAUCUAGUUUUGAUGCCUCCAGCUCAUCUUCAGCUGAAGGACAAUGCAAAGCUCCAGGUCAGGAACCAGUGAACUGGACUUCAUCAUGUUCUCUCCACAUGCACAUUUUAGUAACCCAGAUUUGGUCCCAGUUAGCGGGCCAACCAAAGGCUUGCAUCAUCUGACUGGUGGAUCGAUGCCAAAUACAAGCUGGGAAAGAAGAUGCAUGAGGAAGCAGAGGAGAAGGACAGAUGAUGAAAGCUGCAGUCCUAAACGGCGGAAACUGAUGGGAGAGGAAGGAGCAAAUCAGUGUCCAAGUCCUAAAGCAAGCCACAUCUGGCCUGUAGAUUCUCCAGCACCUUCUCCUUCAUCUGAGACCAGCCUGGUUCAGCUGCAGACCAGACCCGGGAUGGAGGAGAUAAAUCUGCCCUUCACCGCCGCUCCGACUCCAUUACCCAGAGUUCCCUCUGAGGGCUCGGGCAUGGAGGUAGAGGCCGCUCAGAGGAGACUGCAGGAAAUAGAAGAGAGGAUCACUUUGGAGGAUGAUAGCGAUGAAGAAGAGCUGGAUGUGGAACCGGCUCAGCGCAGGCCAGUAUUGGUGAUGUCUGACAGCUUGAGAGAGGGCCUACAGCGCGGGAUUGGGGAUAUUCUACCACAUAUGGUUGCACAGUCAGUGAGCCGCUCUUGUAUGGAGCUGGUGGUUUGGCGUCCACCAGAAGACCCGCUUACACAGAGACUCAAAGACUCUUUACAGAGACAGCAGCGCAAGAGCAGACAGACCCCCACCCCUGUCCCAUCCGUCAGCAGCCCCCCGUCCCACCAGCAGACAUUCAGCCCUCUGUUUAGCAACUCUGGAGAAGAAGACAUGGAGUUAUAGAGCAAAAUCAAUCAGCAUAACCUGAAUUUUCUGUCUAGUGCCAUGAAUUUUGUUCUUCGUUUGUUUGUUUCAGCCUGCGUUUUUUUUUUUUUUGCAGGUGGGACCAUAUUUGCACUAGAUGAAAUGAGAAGUGAAUUUUCUUUUCUGUGGUACAUUGGUUAGAACAGUCGGUUACAUUAUUCAGCCUGUUUGAUAACUCUAUGCCAUGUUUGUUUGAACUCAUUGUUAACAAUGCAACAUUUUUUUAGUUUCGCAAGUAGUAUUACUGCGGUGUACCAUUUUCUGUGCACUGAGCAUUUGAUUUGUUUCGAUCUGCCAUAUUAUUUUUAUUAAACAUUUACUUUAAGACAUCCGACUGGUUAAAACAUGAAACUGCUCUGCUCUUCAUGCUGUUGUUGUUAUGGAAAGUGAUGACUUGUGAAGUUUCUUGAUUGUGCGAGGAAGGAUUGUUAUGUGGUUUUAAAUUUGACGGCACUAAUUUUAUCCGGUUUAACCAUUUACUCAUUUAACAGACAGAAAAGCGAGUAUCGGAGGAGACGCAUGGGCAUCCAUAUUUGAAUCCUAGUACUUGGAUCUGUUUAAUCUAAACAAAGAACAAAUAGCAUCUAUUAACCUUGUCAUAAUUAUCAAAAAAACAAAAACAACAGCAACAGUAAAAUAAGCUAGAAAGCCAAAAUGCCUGCAGUUUAAACGUUGGCCUACAUUGAAAUGUUUUGUUUAAAACUUUCUGUGAUUUCUAGUUUGCCUGAUGUCAUAAUCUAAAACUUGUAAAUAAUACUGACUACUGUAUGUCACACUACGACGCAGGCAGACUUGUUUAUAAAUAAAAACAGUUUGGCAAUAUC